AUGCAGAUUCUAGGCUCAAGGUCAAUAUGUGCGGGCUUGCUGUAUAUACUAGCGCUCGGGCAGCAGGUUUCAGGGCUUCAGCUCGUCGCCACCAGUGAAGAAUCCAUUAAAGAUGCCGCCAGCACGGCGACGUACGCGAUGAUGACUUAUUAUACCGGUAACGAGACGGGCGGCAUCCCCGGUGCAUUCCCGAGUAAAUGGUGGGAAGGUUCCGCGCUGCUGCUGGCGCUGCUGAACUACUGGCAUUUCACGGGCGACGACACGUACAACGAGGAGCUGAGCGUUGCGCUGCAAUGGCAAAGUGGUACGAACGGAGAUUACAUGCCGACCAACUAUAGUAGUUUCCUGGGUAACGACGACCAGAUGUUCUGGGGCCUCUCAGCUAUGACAGCGGUCGAAUACAAGCUCCCAGACCGGCCGACAGGCUUCUCAUGGCUCUCGCUCGCACAAGGCGUGUUCAACACUCAAAAAGCGCGGUGGGACACAACGAUGUGCGGCGGCGGUCUCCGCUGGCAGAUCUACGUCUACGAAGGAACGGGCUACUACAUGAAGAACGCGGUAUCGAACGGCGGGUUCUUCCAGCUCGCAGCGCGGCUAUACCGAUACACAGGCGACGAGACGUACUACACGUGGGCGAAGAAGACGUGGGAAUGGUCGUGCUCAGUGCCGCUAGUGAACAACAACACAUGGACGAUCUCAGACUCCACGAACGGCCAGGAGCAAUGCGCGAACGGCGACCAGGUGCAGUGGACGUAUAACUACGGUGUCUACUUUGGCGGGUGCGCGUACUUGUACGCGAAGACCGGCGACGAGUACUGGCUGAACUGCACGACGGGGCUUCUGAACACGCUGUGGAGCACAUUCUUCACAGAGAAGAACAACUACAUUAUCUCGGACUGGGAGUGUGAGACAGCGACGACGGCAGCGGGCCAGUGCAACAACAACGAAGUGCUUUUCAAGGGACUGGUGGCUAGCUGGCUUGCGCAGACGGCGCUGCUGAUCCCGUCGCUGUAUGAUGAGAUUCUGUCCAAGCUGCAGGCCUCGGGCCAGGGGGCUGCGAACUCGUGUUCUGGAAAUGGCAAUAGCACGUGCGGGAUCCGGUGGACUACCGGCUCGUGGGAUGGCGAGCAGGGCAUGGAGGAGGAGAUUAGUGCUAGUAAUGCGUUCAGCGUGCAGAUGUUGCCGUGGGUUAACGGGACGCAGGAUGCGCCUCCUGUUACGUCUACGACGGGUGGAAAUAGUAGCAGUGAUGUGAAUGCGGGCGAGAAUGAGAAUGCGGGGAGCGCGGCUACUUCGACGCCGAUUACGACGGGCGAUAAGGCUGGUGCUGGUAUUUUGACGGUGGUGUUUGUUGGAGGCUUGGUGGGUAUGGCCAGCUUCAUGUUUCUUGGUGCAUGA